AUGGCCACCCCAGGCACUCAGUAUAUGAUGCAAGCCUGCCUAGCAGCCGAUAUGUCAAGCUCACCACACCCCAAGCCGGUGGACCCUUAUCUCAGCGACCCGGUCAGCAUGCUUCCACCCGGCCUAACACCCGACUCGAACAGCCGAAUCACCUUGCGCGGUGUGAGUGGCAAGGAUGUACUUAUUCCCUGCCUGAGUAUCGGCGCAUGGUCAUGGGGGGAUAAAGCAACCUUUGAUUACAACCCAACAAGAGACCUACCGCGCAUCCACGCAGCAUGGGCCAAGCUCAAGGCUGUUGGGUUGACCUUCGUGGACACAGCACAAUCCUACGGCGACGGUGAGAGCGAGCGGAUCUGUGGAAUAUUGUUCCGAGACAUGCCUCGCGACUCUUUCGUUGUACAGACCAAAUGGUUAUCAACACCAGAUAUAACCAACACAGUCCUGCAGUCUGGCGGGCCCAAGUCUAAGCUUAAAGAUUCGCUCGUGCGUCUUCAACUAGACUAUGUCGACAUCUAUCUCGUCCAAGGGCCUAUACAUCCUAGCAAGAUAUCCAUUGUCGCUAAGGGCAUGGCCGGCUGCGUGAAAUCCGGAAUGGCGCGCGCGGUUGGAGUGGCUAACUAUGACACAAAUGAAAUGAUCAAGAUGGCUGAUGAAUUGGCCAAGCACGAUGUCCCACUCUCUGUCUGCCAGUGCGAGUACUCAGUAGUUCGUCGCUUACCUGAAGUCACCGAGGGCCGUCUUUCUGGGAAAUAUUCGACCUUCAAUGAGCCGCAGCAAAGGCGGCGUUUUAGCAGUUAUCCCAUGCGUAUGCUGGAACCUACUAUCAAUGUUUUAAAGAGUAUUGCUGAAGAGCGGCAUGUGUCUGUUCCUGCUGUCGCGCUAAAUUAUUCUAUCAAUAAGGGCGUUCUCCCACUGGUUGGUGUGCGCGAUGCUGGUCAAGCGGAGCAGGAUAUGCAGGCGCUUGGAUGGCGGCUGACGGAAGAUGAGAUCAAACAGAUUGAAGGAGUCAGUCUACAGGGUAGAAGGUCCUCCUUUAUGCAGCACGGGUAG